GUGGAUUGUCUUGCAGAGCAUCUUUUACCAUCUGUAUAACCAGGUGUCAUACAUGGCGCUGGACAACAUCUCUCCCCUCACUUUCUCCGUCGGAAACACCAUGAAGAGAGUGGUCGUCAUUAUCUCUUCCAUCAUCGCGUUUCACACUAAGGUCUUACCGCUUAAUGCUGUCGGCUCGGCUAUUGCUAUCCUUGGUACUUUCCUCUACUCACAGGCCAAGGCGCAUUCUGACAAGACGAAGCAGAUGGUCAAGGUGGAAGCUGACAAGAAGCAGCAGUGUUCUUUUCUUUGCCAGCCCAGUUCAGCAGUAUGCUCAUCGUCGGCACUGUUGUAUUCGACUUGCCAGGGUUUCCAGAGUGCGGAGAGGUUGGCAGGCAAGAAUGAGAGGCCUGUACGGAGGCUAUCGAGUCUGCAACGCAAAUCGCUAUCCGUCUGCUCGUCUUCCUCAUUGUUAUCGUCACACCAAGGAACGAGAUCAUAUUUACCAUCCUUGGAGAUUGCAGCGCCGCGAGCCCGCUCUCGUGCAGCACUGCCUCAGACCUCUUUCACUGGAGGCAAGGUGGCCGUGGACAACACCUCGUUGUCAGUUCGAAGUAGUCUCUUCCUCUUUGGUCAAAGGCUCAUGCCUGUUGGACUGGGCCCAGUGCCAUUGAUCAGGAAGAAGCCCGCUGGCGGGAGCGGCGUUGGGAUUGUGUGUAAGGCAUAUGACGCUGCAGAUCGCAGUGGCAUUGUUGACAUACCUGCUGCGGACCCAACUGGAACCACUGUCCCUAUCGAUACCUCGGCGGCUGAGGAAGGGGCAAGCGCUGUCAAGCUGGCUAUCAUCUUUGCCCUGUGGUAUGCAUUUAAUGUUGUCUUCAACAUUUACAACAAGAAGGUUCUGAAUGUGUUUCCUUUCCCGUGGUUGACGUCAACAUUUUCGCUUUUGGCCGGAACUCUGUUCAUGCUGGGUGCAUGGGCCAUCAAGGCGCAGCCUCCCCCGCCUCUCUCCAAGGAGUUCAUGAUGGCCCUGGCUCCCGUGGCAUUGUGUCACACAAUUGGGCACGUGGCAGCGACUGUGAGCAUGAGUAAGGUUGCAGUGUCUUUCACGCACAUCAUCAAGAGCGCGGAACCCGUCUUCAGCGUCUUUGUGUCCAGCCUCUUCCUGGGUGAGAAAUUUACUCUGCCUGUGUAUCUGUCCCUUCUCCCCAUUGUGGUGGGGUGCUCCAUUGCGGCGCUGACCGAGUUGACCUUCAACGCAGCAGGAUUUUGGGGCGCCAUGAUCUCCAACAUUGCCUUCGUCUUCCGGAAUGUCUUCUCCAAGAAGAAUCUCAACAACUUCAAGGAGAUUGAUGGAAUCAACUUGUAUGCCAUGAUCUGCAUUGUCUCUUUGAUAUAUCUCACGCCAUUGGCGAUCUAUGUUGAAGGACCUGCAGCAUGGUCGGCAGGCUGGAACUCUGCAGCAGCCCAGAUAGGUGCACAGCGACUGGCCUGGUAAGGAGCUUACCUCUUCAUGUUAUGUCUCUCUGCAAGUCUCUUCAGAAAGGUUCAGAGUCAUGUACUUUGAGUUAUGUUUGCUAACCGCG